UUAGAGUGCAGUUGCGCCCUAUAUAUUCGAGCCUUCCGCAGAUGCAGGCUUUCUUCCGAAGGGCUGGGGGUGAAAGGACUCUCGAGAGCGGACGUAGUUGAGAUUUUCUUCUCUCCCCUCCGUCGCUUUGAGCAAAAUGCCGAAGCAAAUACAUGAGAUCAAGGAUUUCCUUCUCACUGCAAGAAGGAAAGAUGCACGUUCUGUGAAAAUCAAGAGGAGCAAAGAUGUUGUGAAGUUCAAGGUCCGCUGCUCCAAAUACCUUUACACCCUCUGUGUGUUUGAUUCUGAGAAGGCAGAUAAACUGAAGCAAUCCCUUCCACCAGGUUUGAGCGUUCAGGACCUGUGAAGAGUGCUGUUAUAGAUUGAAGUCUUUAUUUCUUGUGAACUUCCUUUUCCUCAGUUUGCAGUAUGAGUUUUGGUAUUGUUUUGAAAUUCAAACUGACAGUGUAGAAGAUUGUUGCUUUAUAGUAAUUAAUUGAAGACGUCUGAGGAUCCUUUUGGCUUCUAAA